UUGGCGUUAACUCCGAGCGGUUGUGUUUCUACGAUCCGCUUUUAUUUUGAUGAAUACUAUUUGGAUUUUUGCUAAGUGUCCAGUGGAUAGAUCAUCACGUGUGUCAGGGCUAUGUUAGUGCUGUGUAUUAGGACCCGGUGCUUCUGAAAACAGCCAUGUUUGCUUACGCGGGCCCCCCGCAUUAUACGCCCCCUACAUCGUAUAUCGCCCCUACGGUAGGGACCAUGCCUAGCGUUGGGGGCAUGACGGGGGUGGCACCCACCCCCACACAAUUACCUGGAUCUGCUUCCCCCCACAACAAAAGAAGGAGAUUUGUCUCUGAUGAAGAGGGAGGUCAAGGGCCCAAAUACACUAGAAUGGACGAGGACAGCAUGCAGGACAAAGAAAGAUUUGCGAGGGAAAACCACUCGGAGAUCGAGAGGCGUCGGAGGAACAAGAUGACAAGCUAUAUUUCUGAGCUGUCUGAAAUGGUUCCAACUUGCAACGCUCUUGCACGGAAACCCGAUAAGCUUACUAUCCUUAGGAUGGCUGUGGCACAUUUAAAAACGCUACGAGGCACAGGAAAUACAAGUAGCGAUGGUUCCUCCUAUCGUCCUUCAUUCUUAACAGAUCAGGAACUUAAACAUCUUAUUUUAGAGGCUGCAGAUGGGUUUUUAUUUGUUUUAGCCUGUGACACAGGCCGCAUUAUCUAUGUCAGUGAUUCGGUUGCUCCGGUUCUUCAUCAGUCACAAGCUGACUGGUUUAAUGCUUGCAUAUAUGACCUAGUUCAUCCUGAUGAUGUAGAAAAGCUUCGUGAGCAAUUAUCUACUCAGGAAUCAAAUGCAGGAAGAAUAUUAGAUUUAAAAACUGGCACAGUAAAGAAAGAAGGUCAUCAAUCUUCCAUGCGUCUUUGCAUGGGGUCAAGAAGAGGGUUCAUAUGUCGUAUGAAAAUCGGAAAUUUGUCACCUGAUUCCAUGUGCUCUAGCCAUUUACCUCGCCCUAGACUAAGAAACAGUCUUGGAACAUCAACGGAUGGGAAUUCUUAUGCAGUCGUCCAUUGCACUGGUUAUGUUAAGAAUUGGCCGCCUACGGGUGUUUCAAUGGAGCGACUGGAUCCAGAAGAUGCUCAUGGAAGUAGUCACUGUUGUCUUGUUGCAAUUGGACGUCUGCAAGUCACAAGCACACCAAAUAACAGUGAUCUAAUGGGUUCAAAUUCUUCAAAUGAGUUUAUAUCGCGGCAUUCCAUUGAAGGGAAAUUCACAUUUGUGGAUCAGAGAGUGCAAGGUGUCUUGGGUUAUUCACCUCAAGAGCUUUUAGGCAAAAUGGUGUAUGAGUUUCUUCAUCCUGAGGACCAAACACAUAUCAAAGAGUCUUUUGACCAAGUCCUGAAAUUGAAGGGUCAAGUGAUGUCUGUGAUGUACAGAUUUCGUGCAAAGAACCGUGAAUGGGUGUGGUUGCGCACAAGCAGUUUUGCUUUUCUAAACCCAUAUAGUAGUGAUAUUGAAUAUGUCGUUUGCACAAACACAUCUGCCAAAAGCCUCCAUCAUCAAGAGGUACCUGUUUCCGGUCCAGAUCAAGGUCCUGUCAGCUCAUCUGGUGAAAAUGCUAUGAAUCAGUACAGUCAUGCAAUGGGUCCUGGUAAUCUACUUUCAAGUCAGCCCAAACCAGAAGGGCUUGAUUACAGUUUGCCUCACACAACACGAUCUGGUGAAGUUUAUCCAUCCGUAGUUCCUCGUUCUCAUCAUCCAGGUUCACAAGGCAUUCAAGAAAGGAGGCCAGGAUCAGGACAAGCUUCUAUGUACAGCAACUAUGAAAAUACUGGACAGCAUUCUGGUCUUAACUAUCCAAAUACAAGUGUUGGAGGUGGAGCUGGAAAUUUGGGUGCUUCUAUGGCACAAACUCCUCCAUCUGCUGUUGUAAGUGCAGGCAGUGUUUUAACUCGCAUCACCAAACCAUCUGCCACAUCAUCAUCUUCAUCAUCACCACAAGCUGCUUGGGUACAGCGACAUUUAGCCCAGGCAAAUUCUGAAGCAUUUGGGCAAAAUUAUAACCAGUUGAGUUCUCCAGCUAGAAGUCCAUCUGGCCCUACCUAUACACAGUUGAGCUCAGCUCCAGGUCCUAGAGGAAUGUGGGGGCAGUGGCAAGGUCCUGCAACACCUGAUGGGCCGCCUUCAUCAACUGCCACAGGAAAUCAUUCUCAAGCUCAUGGUGGCAGUGGAAGUGGACCUCAGCAACAAGAAUUGACUGAUAUGUUACAAAUGCUGGAUCAGGGAGGAGCUUCUUCGUUUGAAGAGUUAUCCAUGUUCAACACUUUUCCAGAAUGAUUUUCAAGCAAAUCAUUCGAAUGUACAAAAUAUGGAGUGCAUUGGUGGCACAUUUUUUUUAUUGUAGGCCAUAUCUUAUAAAAGACACUUCAUGUUUUCAUGACUUUUUCAUCUUACAUUAUGACGCUUUCUGAGCGAUUUUUAUAAAUAUAGAAAUAGCAUCAUUUUGUGAGGUCACAUUCAAUAAUGGACCAUUAUCAUAGACAGACUGAGACAAGGACUCGGUGUAGAUUUUAUGAAAACCCAGUGCUAACUGCUGAUAUUCAUGCAAUUGUCUUUUUCUUGCAUAAUCAAAAUUUUCUGUAUAUUAGUAAAUAUGUGUUCAAAAUUUGCAUUUAUAUGUUUCUUAUUUUCAUCAAAUUUCAUAUGCCGUUAGUAGCACUUUAAGAUAUGGUACUGAUGAAUUUCACAUUUUCAUUCAAGUUUGUUGUAAAAUGUAAGCAAUAAUGUGUCUACAAAAUUACAAUUGUUAAAAAAUGUAUCUAUCUCAUUAUUUCUUUAUUUUUUGUUCGUGAAACCUCAUUAUCAUGGAUUAUGUCACUUGUAACACAAUGUAAAAAUGAUUAUAGAUAUCCAUGCAAAAGUACACCUGUGCUCUUCAAUAUGCAAUUUCACGACAAUUGUUUAGUUAUUAAUAUGCAGAAAUAAUAUGCUUUUGUACACCAAUUUUUCAAGUUAUGUGUUCAGGCUACAAUGUUCGCAGAAUUAUCUGUGAUUUCUGUUUUAUUAAUGUUAUUUAAUUUUUCUUGUGUGAUUUUUUUACAUGUCUAACAUAAUAUUCUUUGGUUUGUGGAAGGUGUUUGAUACUAUAUAAUCUUGAAAUAUAUAUCACUGUAAUUGUUCUGGAAUAUAUUUUACCUCCACGAGUUUUAACGUUAUUUAUAUGAAUGUGUAGGUGAUGUUUCUAAAAUUUCAAAUUGUAAUUAUGUGGUGAAUUUAUGAUUCAGUUUUGUUUUUGAGCAUAGUAUGUGUGCUCAUCCUUUUGAGACUUGAGGUAUGUAUACAUGGAAGAGAAAAGCUUGACCAUCUGCAAAAAUGGAAAGUUUGUCUUCAUGAUUCAUUUUUAGUGCAAGAAUUUGUCAUGAACUCAUUGCUUUUCUGAAUGCCCGUUGCAGAAAUUUGUAAGAAUAUCUCUGUUAUUCUUGGUGGUCAAAAUGAAUACUGAAUAGUGGAAAAAGAUGGUGAACAGACCUUUUUAAAUAUCACUGCAUUUGUAUAAAUAAUUAUAUUUAUUUAUCUUUGAAGACCGAGACUCUCGACAAAGGUAAAGGAAAAACGACUUUGUAAUAUAAUUCAUGAUGUUCUUUUUCCCUCAAAAGUACUUACUCAAUUUCUGUUUUUAUUUUGGAUUAUACCUAUUUAUAUUUAGCAGAUAAUUAUUAAUCCUAAUUUACAGGACAGAAAUGAUAAAAAUAUACAAGCAGUAAAAUAUUUUUAAUUAUAGUUCUGUAAGAAUGUUAAAAAUAAUUUAUCAUGUCAAGAUAGAAAUGUUUAAAAAAUCAGUAUAUAGAAAUUUUAAAAUGCAUAUAAUGGAAUGUUUUGUAGUUUUCUAAAUGAUAUUGUCUAGAAAAUGCAAAUUAAAAUUCUUUCCUUAUUAUACUUUAAUGAAUUUCUUUAUAUUUGUAGUUAAUUAUGCUAGUAGUUUAAAGAAUGCUUUAAGUGUCAUUAAUUUAUAUUAUUGAUUUAUAAAAUUCAUUUUAUAUAUAUUAUUAUUUAAGAUGAAUAUUUUUAUAUCUCUCAGUGUUGUCAUUUCUCUAUAUUCUCAAGUUUCUAUAUACUACAAUUUAUAUCACGCAAUGCAAAAUCAUGUGAUUAAAUAAGAAAGCAGUUGCUGAUAAUACCUCUUCUAAAGGAACACAUUUCUCAAGUUUGGAAUCUGUGAUUUCUAUUUUCCUGAUUUACUUUUAUGGAAAAAAUCAUUCUGCAUUUUAAAUCCUUUUAAUUAUUUUAAUGAAUAAUAACACAAUAAUGAUUACUUUUGCCAUUCAUUUCUCCUGGUUAAUUUAUUUGAUGUCUCAUUCUUUUAAAAAUCUUACCUGAUUUGUAUUAUUUUUUUGUUUGUUCUUUAAGUGUUUCAAGGGAAAAAAUAAUUAUGUUUAAUUGCUGAAGAAAUACUUUCAUUCCUUUUUUUAAAAUAUAAUGUAGAAUUUUUGUACAUAAUUAUUUUGCUGAGAAUUAUUCUACAAAUAGUGAUU